AUGGAGUCUUACGAAAGUGUAUUGCUUGUCAAAUCUGAAGUAUUUGUUUUUAAAAUUCCACCACGUACUUCUAACAGAGGUUAUAGAGCAGCAGAUUGGAAUUUACAAGCACCCCAAUGGACUGGUAGAAUGAGACUGGUUUCAAAGGGUAAAGAUUGUGUAUUAAAACUUGAAGACAAAGUUACUGGAGAAUUAUUUGCAAAAUGCCCAAUUGAAACUUACCCUGGUGUAGCUAUAGAAGCAGUGACAGAUUCAUCCAGAUAUUUUGUUCUUAGGAUACAAGAUGACAAUGGAAGGUCUGCAUUUAUUGGUGUAGGCUUUUCAGACAGAUCUGAUAGCUUUGACUUAAAUGUAGCUCUUCAAGAUCACUUUAAAUGGUUGAAAAAAUCAGAGGAAAUUGAAAAGGAAAAAGAAGAACCAAGGCAAGAGCUUGAUUUAAGAUUUAAGGAAGGGGAAACGAUUAAAAUAAAUAUAAAUGUUGCUAAAAAAAAAGAUGGAAAUGACAAUGAAAAUAAAUCAAAAUCGAAAACAGGUAAAACAGGCAUUUUACCUCCACCUCCUGGAGGUAUAAAAAUAGCUCCACCACCAUCCGGUGGAUGUAAAGUUACUCCCGUAGGAAGCCCAGUACAUGCUUCAUCACCAUCAGUUACACCAUCUGGAUCUCAAACAAAUCCAUUUACUGAUGGGUCAUCUGGGUCAUCGACCAAUGCUAAUUGGUUUAUUGUUCCUUAA